AUGGUCGGUCGACAAAACAUGGCAAAGACAACGCUUAUCAACCGUCUGAUCGGGCGAUAUCUUCUGCCCAUGCGACGAAACGAAACAGCCAACACUCUUCAAGCGCGGACUACAUACCCCAUCAUACUGAAUCUCCGCAACGGUCCCAAGACAAUCGUGGAAGUGCGAUGUGAUACGUGCCAGGGUAUUGGAGGAGAGGUGGAAAACCCCACGGAUGAUCAAGUGGAGGAUUUCCUUAAACAGGUUGCUGGUCAUCUUCCCAAAGAAGAAGGAACUCCUAUAUCCAAGACUCCAGUUAAUGUGACCCUUCAAGGUAUGAUACUGUUCGCAUACAGCUGUUUCGAGAAAGGUUGUCGAAAAAAAUGUGCACGCGACAAUCCCGAAAGGUAAUAUGGGACAUGAUCAAUACACUGUUCCUGACACUGUAGCUGUGGAGCCUACUUUUGUUGGUUUCCUCUAGCACUCGCAAACACACGUCCUCGGCCUCUCGUGCCAUUCUUGCAAAUUUCUUUGAAGAACAGUUAACUCAAAACCACCCACAAUACCCUUCGAGAUUGACGCGUGCACUUUUACCGACAACUUUUUUCGAAAUCGCUGUAUAUCUAGUUCCUUAAGGUCUCAAUAUACCGCCCGGUCUAUAGGUUUCGAUUCUAGUGGUGCAGCAGUUCGUCUCGGAAAUUCUUUGACCGAACAGGAAUGGGAAGACCCUGUAUCGGGACGAAGCAAAUUCUCUUCGAUAAUCGAAAGUUGGCUACGUUUACUUGAAAUCCGGUGAACCACAGAUCUCCUUACUUCAAGUUCCAUGAUAAGUCCCUAGUUGUCUCCCGCCUUUCUUUUAGCACACUUUGCGGGGACAAAAUUUCACGUUUUUCCAGUGAUAAGAAUGCAAGUUGGCUGAACAGCUUCAAAAAAUAUUUGUUUUCUUGCUUAUUGUUUUAGUUCGACAAAACCAACCCUUAUCAGGGGAUGAAAAAAAAAGUCUCAGGCACAUUGCAAUCACGAUACAACCAAAGGCCAAGGGACUGACAAAUAUGUUUGUUUUAACGAGCAAGCUUGUCUUCAGAACGUUUCCCUUAGAAAAUAUGGGAGGGGCGCUACCUACUCUUUCCUCUUCCUCUCCCUCUCUUCGUCCUUAUUUUUUCUCUCUCUCCAACUUCGCACCAUGCUCCACUAUCUGAACGGCUGGAACAGUCUAGCCAACCCACCAAGCUUGUCAGGAAAUCCGUCUAGGACACCUCGAGCAGUUCUAAGCAUCCUGCACUCACUUGCAUGACGCGAAUUGACUCGAGACGAGGGUGACUCACCCCUCUUCUUGUCCUCUGCCUCAGGUCCCAAACUCACCACCUUGACUUUAGUCGAUCUUCCCGGCGCUCACUUCGCCAACGACGACCCUCGGAUGAACCAGGCAACCCAAUCUCUUGUGUUAGACUACAUUGAGAAGAACACAAAGAGUAUUAUCGUUAUAGUUUCCGAAGUAGGGGACCCCACAGGAGACAGUGCUAUUAACCUGGUAAUGCGAAAGGCUAAGGAUUUCAGGCAGCGGACCAUAUGUGUACUGACUAAACCAGACAGGCUGAGAGAAUCAGAUGACAUGGGCGUAAAAGUAGCAUUAAACAAGUCAAGUUUCACACUGGAGGACGGUCGCUUUAUUGUGUUAAGAGGUACAAUAGGAGUUGUUGCUUUAAUCUUCUUUGCACAUCACCAGGAGCCCAUAAUCUGCAGAGAGCAACUUUCAUCUACUCGUGUUAUGGUGUUUUCACCAAUCAGUUUAUUUUUAGGAAUAUUUUGGCGCGAAUUUAGAAUAGCUUUCAAGUGCCACAAACAAGUCAGAAACUAUAAAAACCUAAAAGAGGUACUAAUGAACUUUUAAUGAUGUUUAGUUUUCCUCUUUGGUUUGUUGUGAUUUGUUUGCACACUUGGGCGAAGCAAAGCUUCCUUUUUUCGCCAAAAUAAGUUCUUUUAAAUGUACCUAAAAAUAAACUGGUCCAUGAAAAAUGCUGUGACAUAGACCUAGUACUGAGGAGUAGCUCGCUCCAGCUUAUAGGCUUUUUUCAUAACGUUUUAAGUCUGAGUUUCAGGUGCUUCUGAGGGAAUAGGAAUAGACAUGCGAAGAGGGGAGAAUCACCUCUCCCAUAACCCCAAAUGUGGCUCCGAUACUCAGGCUAUAUCGUUUGCAGCGAUUUUUAUGGUUGAGAACAUUCCAAAAGGAAAGAGAAAUUAGUAGGAGCCCGAGCUCCUGGUGUUGGACGGUGGUACACAAUGUCUUUUCUCUAGAUUCAAUCAAAAUCCUUUUUAAAAUUCGGAAUAAUUAGGGGGUUUUUUUGUAUCUUACAAAUUAUUUGUUUUUUAAGAGUUUUAAUUAUGAAAGAGGAAAGAACUAAAGCUAUUCUCCACUCAUUCUGUGAACAAACAGGAAAAGAUGGCACAGACGCAAACGAAAAGGACUGGGACGCAGAGAUGACCCGUGUCAAGGAAAAGGAGUGGUUCGCGCGUCAUCCUCAAUACAAAAACACUCUUAAACUGUGUGGAAUUGACCGGCUCAUGGAUACCAUGAUCUCACUUCUGGCCCAAAAAAUGAUUACUGAAAUUCCAGUCUUAGUUCGUGAAAUGAGGGAACGAAAGGCAGAGGUAGGAUAUGAAAACAAUGACGUCUUCCUGUUUAUAUGGAGGAAGGAUGCCCCUGGUAGAAGGAUCACCCGCCUACCCUAGCCACCCUAGGCGAGCCAGCUCUUCAUGCAUUUCCUCCUGAAAACGUGGCGAGCCGUUUACAAUCAGAGCAUGCGCCAGCGUUGUUUUAAACAAUCAACGCAUGCGCCAGAAAUGUUGACUCGGUCAAAGGGAUCAUUUUUUUUCUCAUAAACGCUCGCUAAAGUUGAAUCGGCCGCGGCAGAGAGGGUGGCCCAUCUACACGGAAAGGGGCCUAACUUUACCCAACAAUCUCAGCGACACAUAUAAAUCAAAUUAUGUCACCUGUUGAACCCCAGAUAUCGUGUGUAUGGAACUUUUAUGCUUUGUUCAUAGGGUCGUUGCUUUUCAAUUGCGCUAUAUUUUCAAUUUAAGCGAUACACCUGUGCACAAUACACGCGAUAAUAAAACAUCUCGUUGCCAUAUCUAGGUGGAAUCAGAACUCAAACUUUUGGCCCAUAGCGAAGUACCUGAGUCGAGUGAAGGCAAAGGGGCGCUUGUAAUGAAACUCAAGCAAACUCUCAUCACUCAGCUGAAGACGCUUCUCUUUAACAACACGUCCGACAUUGAAGGAGGAGAGCAAGUGCGAACAUUGUUCAAUAAAUUCCACGACACUGUAUACAAGGUAGGCGAAAGGAUAGUGCCAAUUAAUUCUUUAAUUAUUGAUUAAUUAUUGAUUUGUUGGGUGUUAUUGGGUCGUUUGGUGCUGCCCACAAACCUUAUGACCAGCGGUACAACAAUGACAAGGGGAAGGGGUACUCCUGAAAGGUGUUUAUGUUUUUGAUUGGAAAGUCAGAGUGAAACUUUUGUUCUGAUAUUUCGUUUUGGCCGAAGUGUCUUAACUAAUUUUGUCGCCAGCAAGGGAAAAUGAAAGGGCGGUGUCAGGAGUUUCGUUUAACUUGCUGCCUUAAGUUUCGAAAGAAAAGUUAUAUUAUUGUUUUUUGAGAGAAACCUUUUUUCAAAUCUAGGUAGAUCCCCUGGUCAAGCGAAAUGAUGACGAGAUACGAAAACAGCAAAGGAAACUCGAGGGUGUGGCAGCUCCUCUUGGGGACAGCAGUGAAAACAGCCAACUGCUGCAAAAACUGCUUUAUGAGUCGUACCAGGGAAGGAGCACUGUGCCAAUUGCGAGUAGCCUAGGAGUCCCAGGUAUUAGCGUAAACGUGCGGAAAGACACUCCAAAAUUAAAGAUCGAUACCCCUGAUAGACGCGACCCAGUAACCGACUAUUUGCCCUUGUCGUUCUUAUGGUUCAGAAGUUUCAAAAGAAGGAAAUGAAAGAAAUUUCCAUUGCCAAUCACCGACAGAUAUAUAGGUGAAAAAUUGUAAGUGGUUUGGACCCAAAGAAUAUAGAAGGGCAAUAACCAUGAAUGGAUUCUUGAGACGGGGUGAUUUUCAUACAUGCUUAACAAGAAAAUUCAGAAAGAAAGUCCAAAAAAGCGCAUAGUAAGAGUUUUGGGGUAGGGAGUGGGACACUGGAAGUCAUUUAAUCUCAGUACCGCAGUCAAACGUUUGAGGCGUGUUUAUAAACUACAAGCGCCUAAGUGAAAUUAUGUUAGCAAAUGGCACCAACAGUAACCUUACAACACCAGUUCCAGUUUUCAAUUGCUUUUAACUUUCUCAACAAUAAUUGAAUUAACAAUACGCUAUUAAACUUUAUGUACAUUAAAGGUUACAAACCCUGCCUCUGAAGUAGUUUGCGUAGCCCUAAGAACUAAAAUAAAAAGAAGUGACUUAAAUAGCGCUAUCCCCUCGCUUUCAUUGAAAUACCGCUUUUAUAGACCUCAGUUAGUAAAUGACACUUUUCUUCUUGUGUUCACAGGAACAAGGUCAAAGUUUAUUGAUGAACUAGUCCAAAGUCCAGUGGAUCAACUAAUUCCCAUAUCUACCCAUCUGGUAAACAACGUUGAGAAAACGCUACGCACAAUAGUGCAAGAUGCAAUCAAUAAAAGUUUGUCCAGUUUCCCAACUCUCAAGCAAGCGGUCGAGGCCAAGGUGGUGAGCAAGAUUUUCGACACAAAGCGAGAGCAGACCAUUCAGUUCAUUCAGCAGUUUCUCGAGAUGCAGAAGAAGAGCAUUGAUGAUGUGUUUGCACCAGUUCCAUUUCCGGAUGAGCUGAACUCGUGGGAAACCACGCCUGCUUACAAUAUCAAGACUCGUGACCCAUUCCCUCAUCCUUGCAACAAGUCGCGGACAACGUCCCACCUGAAAGACCUGGCGAAAAAGCUCUAUCCCAAAGAACUGAUGGAAGAAAUUGAAGGCCAUAAUUCACGAGGAAGUUAUAAGGUUAGCUCAGUAGUUUCAGAACACACAUGCAUGGAAAUUAGGCUGGGAAUCUAAACUGGCUUUGUAGUCAUUUCAUCUUUUGAGAGUGAGCAAUACCCCUAAGAGCGACCAUUCAAAUAAAACCUUAAGUAUUUUUACAUCGCACUUUCCUUGAUUGCAUGUGAACUGUUUCAGACUAACUUUUGAAUCUGUGGAUUAGAAACUAUAAUUUGACCAUUCAGAUUUGAAAGAACUACCGCAUGCAUGGAGCUAUUAAUUAUGCUAUAUUAACUGGUUCUAACUUUCAAGUCUUUGGUCGUGUGACCAUUCAAAUUAGACCUCUCAACGAGUUCUUUAAUAAUAAUAAUAAUAAUAAUAAUAACUGUUUAUUCACAAAUCCAAAUCGGAAAGUGAAAAGGAGAUAAAAGAGGUUAUCCCUUUCUAGUUUAUCUCCUGAUAAUAAAAUACAUUAAGAAAUAAAUUAAUUAUUUACAACUGUUUAAAAUAGUAACUAUAUAUGUAUAUAAAACAUCACAUAGUAAAAGAACUUAGUGUUCACUAGGAAAAUCUGUAAGGUAACGUCUCAGUCUGUUCUUGAAAAUAUUCAAAUUCUCCGCCUCAGCAACUUCCUUUGGAAGAUUGUUCCACUUAUCUAUUAUGCGUAUAAAAAAUGAAUGUUUAAAACUAUUUAAAGUUGCUGAUGUAAGCUUAAGUUUAAAACGAUGGUUGGCUCUUAAGGGCCGAAAAUCAUGUGCAAAUGUGAAAAAUGCCGAGGGAUCAAGUCCAUUAAGUCUAUUUAUUGUCUUAUAACACUCGAUAAGCGACGAAAAUAAUCUUCUUUGUUCAAGUGAUGGCCAUUUAAGGAGCUUUAGGCGUUCUUCGUAAGGCAUGUCUUGCCCAAUAUUUCCAAGGGCGCAUUUAGAUGCUCUACGUUGUACUUUCUCCAAGGUGUUUAAGUCUUUUUUAAGGUGCGGACACCAAACUGGAGAGCAGUACUCGAGUAUCGGACGUACUAGACUCUUAUAAAGUUUUGAAAACAACUGAGGAUUUUUAGGACCCACCGUUCGCCUAAUGAAUCCAAGCACACUAUUUGCCUUAUUUGCGCAUUUGUUAGCUUGCAUACUCCAUGACAGGUUCGAAGUAAUAUAGAUUCCGAGAUCCUUAACUUCAGAUACAGCUUUUAAUUGGUUACCACAUAGAUGGUAUUGAGGACUUGAGUAAUCAUUUUUUUUAGAAAUGCGCAUCGCUUCGCAUUUAUCUGUGUUAAAUUUCAGCUGCCAGACAUGGCUCCAAGAUUCCAGGCGAAUAAGAUCUUUCUGUAGCUCUUCAACAUCUUCCUUAGUAUCCCUGAGUAUCCUAUACAAUUUCAUAUCAUCUGCAAAAAGUUUUGUGCUUGACAUAAUGUUUCUUGAAAUAUCAUUAAUAUACUCCUACUUAUUUUACAAUAUUUUACGUGACGAAAGUCAGUGUUUUUCUUAAAUUUCUAUUUCAGCCACCUAGGAGAGUCAGUAAAGAUGAAUUAAACAGGUGCAUUUAAUUUCUUUUCCUCAGGAGCUCGAAGAUAUAAAGAAGGUAAAAAAGAACGUUGUACGCUGCUUCAACCUGAUCAAAAUGAACGUCUGCGAUACAGUCCCCCGCUGCAUUCUUCAUUUUUUCAUCACUCAGCUGGUGGAUGACCUUGAGCACGCCUUGGAAAAAGAAGACUUGGUCGAGUUCUUGAAAGAAAAGCAGGAUAUCCUGGAAAGGCGUAAAGUGUGUCGUGCCCAGUUCUCCGCUCUGAAGCAAGCGCUGCCUCACACUGACGAAGUGUUAAAGAAAUUACUGCGCAUGAGGGGCGGAUCUGGCGCACGUCAGCAGUUGCAGUUUUAAAUGUCAACUCUACAAGACGUAGCGACAAAAGUUAUCAAUAGAAAUAUUAAGAUUAAAUUAGGCUAUAUAUUAAAAAAAUAAAGUAGUACGUGCACAAAAACGCGCACUCAGGAACAACGAAAGGCAAGAUGAGAGUUAUCAGUUUUUUUUUACUUACCGAAUGAAUAGAUCGCUAAAAUAUUUUAAACUGGCAAUGAAGAUCCUAUCAGUGAAAUGAAAAAAUAGUUUUUUCAGCAGCAUCUAGUAUUUUGCAUUUUGUUGGAAUCGCUCCUUCUCCGGCAGGCAUGAGAUGUCAGCCCAGUAUGGUUGGUGUUUAUGAUGUUAACUAAAAUUAUAAGUGUAAUGUCGUUAGUUUUACAGUCCUAGAAGUGACCAAAAUUAAUAUUCUUCAACAAUAUCAAUGCAAUGUAGAGAAUCAGGAGAAAAGGUCAAGAUGAUUAAUAAACAGAACACAGAAGAGGGAAAAAUGUUUUGACUUUUUAAAACAAUUCUAUCAACUAGUUCUUAAACUAUAAAUCUGUGGAAAUCGGAAAUUGAGAGUGGAUAUUGUCACCAAAACAGUUAAAAGAAACUGUAGUACUCAAGAGACCAAGUUAUUCUGGGAAUUCAAAGGUCAACUAGUCAUUAUUUUCGGAGAAAAAGCGGAAGGGCGUUAGAAAGAGCUAACCUGUUCCAGGCAGUUAGUUUUCAAUUGAGUCGCUUGUUCUUGAUGGAUCAAGACUAUAAAAUCGUUAUAUAGCUGAUUCAAUAAAGGCUGCUUUGGACAUUGAGAAUUACGCACUGGUAAGCUAUUGUUUGGUGGUCACUCAAGCAAUGCAUUGCCGUGGGUUUCAUAUGCCCAGUUGUCAAUGGCCAAUUGCUAGAGCAAUCUAAAUUGAAUUAGGUAGAGUGGGCUAUAGGUCGAGGGAACAUGGGUUUCGUCUUAAUGAAGGUCACGUUUUGUUUUGUUUUGAUUUUUUACACAAUAAAGUUGGAUUACCCACCCACCAAGCUUCCUUUGAAUUUCCCAGAAUAUGACCCUAAGACAUUUAGGAAAACAGCCGCUAACGUACAACUAAUGCCAAAUAUUGAGACAUUGCAGUUAGCGCAUAAUCGUGCAUGCCUAGUAGUCUACUACCUAUUUCUAACUGAUAAAGUAAAAACACUCUCGUUUUCGAGGCCCGAAUUAUCAUUUACAUUUCCCCUUCUUUCUUACAUCAGUUUAUUCGUAAAACACCAUAACGGUAACAAGAACUAUCCAAUCUGUGGAACUCAGCCUACAUUUGAGUUUCCCAGCCAGCAUGUGCUAACGAUCUACAACGCUGGGUAGCGCCACAACCCGAAACCUGAUUUAGAUUCAUGAGAAUGUCAAGAAAAAAACCAGUUGAAUUUAAAAGAAAAGGUGCCGUUUCAGUGCAGAGACCCGCUCAAACUAAGUCAUACUGAAUGUGAAGAAACCUAAGUUUUGAGCAGUAAAAGUCAAUGUGACAUUUGUCACAGCAAUAAGGAAUUCAAACGAUACAUCCCUUGGAUGCUGAGGAUCUGGUGCCAAAAUGUGCCUCUCAGGUUUUCCAAGAAAGCUGCUUAAAGAUUCCCAGUAAUAAAAGAUAAGUGUGUCUGGUAUAAAUUUCCAUUUCGCGUUGUCGUCCUCGCAAACUGUGAAGAAAGGCAUACGAUACACUGACUUCUUGGAAAAUUCAACGAGCAGGUGAAACUGUGAGUAGUGGUACGAUGGCCAUUUUAAGAACCGCUGUAAUCUAUUAUAGUUUAGCUAAAUUAAGUUUUCACAAUACACUAUCUCAGCGGCUCAAUUCAAUAAUGCUUAAACUAAGGCAUAGUGCUUAUUUUUCCCUGGUGAUAUGGGUGCAAAUGCAGACGAUGCAAGCUCAAUAUGAGAGAUCUUAUGAAAACAUCUUCUGUGAUGCUAAAGAUUAAACCCAAUUCAUUUAAUCUGGGGCCAGCUAGAAUUAUCCGUGCUGUUGCCGAGCGAUGAUGAAUCUUCUGUAGCUCGCGGCCCUUUCGAUUUGUCCGGCUGAUAAUUCGAGAUGUUUCAAAGCACUACCGUGAUUUGGUUAUUAAUAGAUUUAGUAGGGUAACACCCUCCUACAUUACGUCAUUUCCGCCUUGAUGAUAUUACCAUUAGCAAAUAUUAAGCCAGCCAUUUACGUUAUCAAGUUAUGAUAGUUUAUCAGUGGUAUCUGUGGUGCUACACCGAUACCAACAAAUUUAGAUAAAAUCAAUUAUAAUGCGCUCAGGUUAUGAUUGCGGCCUGUCUGGGCCCAGUUACGAAAGCCGAUUAGCCUUAUCCAUGCAGGGUGACCAAAGUUUUGAAAAUUUCCUCAGAGACCUAGUUCUGUUAUUAAAUCCAAACUGACAGUUCAGAACGGUCUAUGAGAAAGCAAAAGCAAUCGUGGGUUCAAAUGGACCCGAAACUGGGUCGUGUUGAUUUAAUUUAUGACUGCAUUGUCCAGUGUCAAUUAGAAAGUGAAAUUUCAAAUAUAAUUACAGUUUUGAUAAUGGAUAGUUCCAUUAAAUUGUUAAAUAGACAAUAAAUAGACCGUGUAGAAAACUCUGGGUGGUUGUAGCUUUUCUUGCGUAGUAAAAUACACUUAUGAGGCCUCGAUCAGAUCGAAUAGUGCAGGAUGACAGAGGGUGUUCCAAAUCUCCCACCUCCCAAACCGUGAAUGCCCAACUCCCGCCCCUUUUUCUUAGCUUCCUCUCCUUAGUCCUUUCUCCUUACGAAACAUAAAGCAUCGUUGUGUAAUUUCCACCUAUUUCUCCGCUUCCCGCCCUUUAGAACUCCCUUCUUCUGCUCUUUUCUCUCCCGCCUCCCCUACUCCUCCCUCCGUAUAUUUUUGCCGUGCUUCCACCCCCUUUCCCUCUCAACCCUGGAAGUGUGCAAUAAACAAAUGGGAUAAACUGGUCAUUCUCAUGCAUCAAAACUUCAUGUAUUGAUCGCCUAUUUACCUGCGAACUGUGUUAUUUUAUUCUCUAUAGCCCUUUAAUUUUGAUAUGUCAAGCGAGAUUGAGUCACCAGUGUCCAAAUAUGGCAGAAGCAGUGAGUUCGGUGGUGUAUUGGAUUUCAUACAAUCCAUGAUAAGCAACGACACCCUUCGAAAAUCAUUUGAUAUUCCACAUUUAGUCAUGGUCGGUCGACAAAACAUGGCGAAGACAACGCUUAUCAACCGUCUGAUCGGGCGAUAUCUUCUGCCCAUGCGACGAAACGAAACAGCCAACACUCUUCAAGCGCGGACUACAUACCCCAUCAUACUCAAUCUCCGAAAUGGUCCCAAGACAAUCGUGGAAGUGCGAUGUGAUUCGUGCCAGGGUAUUGGAGGAGAGGUAGAAAACCCCACGGAUGAUCAAGUGGAGGAUUUCCUUAAACAAGUUGCCGGUCAUCUUUCCAAAGAAGAAGGAACUCCUAUAUCCAAGACCCCAGUUAAUGUGACCCUUCAAGGUAUGAUAAUGUUUGAUGAUGGAAAGAAGGUUACCUUUAAUUCGGUCAUUAGAACUACACCUUUGAUCUUUAAGGUGCCUUGUCCUCGUUUUGUUAGAACACUUUACUCGGUCAGAUAUUUUCUGAGCAUUGUCUCUGGUACUAGACAAAAUACAAGCUGUUCAAACAAAUGAUUUUUUUUUUCUUACUUAAUGUUUCAGUUAGACAAAAUUAACCUUCGUCAGGGGCCGGAAAAACGUCUCUAGUACUAUUCUGGUACCGUGAGGUACCAUCCCGCUAACUCUUUCAAUCUGCCUGCCUCAGGUCCCAAUCUCACCACUUUGACUUUAGUCGAUCUUCCCGGCGCUCACUUUGCCAACGACGAUCCUCGGAUGAACCAGGCAACCCAAUCUCUUGUGUUAGACUACAUUGAGAAGAACACCAAAAGCAUUAUCGUCAUAGUUUCCGAAGUAGGGGACCCCACAGGAGACAGUGCUAUUAACCUGGUCAUGCGAAAGGCUAAAGAUUUCAGGCAGCGGACCAUAUGUGUACUGACUAAACCAGACAGGCUGAGAGAAUCAGACGACAUGGGCGUAAAAGUAGCAUUGAACAAGUCAAGUUUCACCCUGGAGGACGGUCGCUUCAUUGUGUUAAGAGGUACAAUAGCAGUUGUUGCGUUAAUCUUCUUUGCACAUCACCAGGAGCCCAUAACCUACAGCGAGCAGCUUUGAUCUACUCGUGUCAUGGCGUUUUCACCAAUCAGUUUAUUUUUAGAAAUAUUUUGGCGCGAAUUUAGAAUAUCUUUCAAGUCACUUAAACCAGUCAGAAUUAAACUAUACAAACCUAAAAAAAGUAUUAUGAAUUUUUUGGUAUGUUAUCAUUUGAAUGCGCACUUAGGCGAAGCAAAACUUCCAUUUUUUGCAAGAAAAAGUUCUUUUAAAUGUACGUAACAACAAACUGGUCCUUAAAAAGCGCUGUGACAUAGAUCCAGUAUGGGAAGAGCUCGCUCUGGCUUAGAAUCUAAUACUCAGGCCAUAACGUUUACAAAGACUUUUAUGGUUGUAAACAAUCCAAAGUGAAAGGGCUGUCGGUGGGAACCUGGCCUCCUUGGGUUGGACGAGAGGCGAACGUCUUUUUCUUGAUUCAAUCAAUUUAAUUUCGAACUGUUAGAUUAACUAUUUUUUCUGGAAAAAAAGUUAAGAGUUUUAAUUUUAUCAAAACUAAAGGAGAACCCUAAAACUAAUUAUGAAAGAGGAAAGAACUAAAGCUAUUCUCCACGCAUUCUGUCAACAACCAGGAAAAGAUGGCACAGACGAGAACGAAAAGGACUGGGACGCGGAGAUGACCCGUGUCAAGGAAAAGGAGUGGUUCGCGCGUCAUCCUCAAUACAAAAGCAUUCUUCAACUGUGUGGAAUUGACAAGCUCAUGGAUACCAUGAUCUCACUUCUGGCCCAAAAAAUGAUCACCGAAAUUCCAGUCUUAGUGCGCGAAAUGAAGGAACGAAAGGCAAAGGUAGGGGAUGAGAAAAAUGACUUCCUCCCUUUUAACUUUAUCCAACAAUCAGAACAAUCUAAGUAUCUGAGUAUAGUAUCCCAAAAGUAAUUUACGUCACCCGUUCAACCCCAAAUAUCGCGUGUAUAGAACCUUUGAACUUUUUUCGCAGGGUCAUUUUAUAUGUGCUAUAUUUUCCUUUUUAAACCCCGAUUCACUUACACUCGCUAAUUAAACAUCUCAUUGCUGUUUCUAGGUGGAAUCAGAACUCAAACGUCUGGCUCAUAGCGAAGUACCUGAGUCGAGUGAAGGCAAAGGAGCGCUUGUAAUGAAAGUUAAACAAGCCCUCAUAUGCCAGCUGAAGACGCUACUUUUUAACAACACGUCCGACAUUGGAGGAGGAGAGCAAGUGCGAACAUUGUUUAACAAAUUCCACGACGCUGUUUUCAAGGUGGGCGAAAAGAUAGUGCCAAUUAAAUCUUUCGUUAUUGAUUACUUACGAUACAUUUNAGUACCUGAGUCGAGUGAAGGCAAAGGAGCGCUUGUAAUGAAAGUUAAACAAGCCCUCAUAUGCCAGCUGAAGACGCUACUUUUUAACAACACGUCCGACAUUGGAGGAGGAGAGCAAGUGCGAACAUUGUUUAACAAAUUCCACGACGCUGUUUUCAAGGUGGGCGAAAAGAUAGUGCCAAUUAAAUCUUUCGUUAUUGAUUACUUACGAUACAUUUGAGACCUGCCCCGUACUACAAAAAACUAUCCGCGACAAAACUGUUGAGGCACUGUAAUACAUAGAGGUGUUUUGGGGUACCCUAAUAAAGACAGCCCCCCUUCCCUUCCCCCGAAGUCAAUGUUGGGUCGUUUGGUGCUGCCCACAAACCUCAUGACCAACGGUACAACAUAGGGGGAGGGACAAGGGGCACCCCUGAAAGGUAUUUUGAACUAUUUUUGAUUAGAAACUUGUUUUAUCGCCAAUUGUACCAAGGAAAAAAUGAAAGGGCGGUAUCAGCAGUUUCUUUCAACUUAUACCCGUAAGAUUUCGAAGGAAAGUUAUGUUUGUUUGAUUUUUGAAAUAAACUUUUUUUCCAAAUCUAGGUAGACCCCCUGGUCAAGCGAAGUGAUGAUGAGAUACGAAAACAGCAAAGGAAGCUCGAGGGUGUGGCAGCUCCUCUUGGUGACAGUAGUGAAAACAGCCUGCUGUUGCAAAAACUACUGUAUGAGUCAUACCAAGGAAGGAGUACUGUGCCAGUUGCGAGUAGCACAGGAUUCCCAGGUAUUAGCGUAAAUUUCUGAAAGACUCUCCGAAGUCCUAUAGAUCGAUACCCCUGUGUUACUGCCGGCUCCUGCGUUACACUUACGACUCGAAAAACACACGCGUGACGUCACGCACGGUUUGGUAUUCCACCCCAUAAUGUGUUGUGAGAGCAAAAAAGAAAACCAUGUGCUCAAUCGAAAGAAAUGUGUUACGGUAAAAUCGUUUUUGGAGCAUAGUUUUAUACGGUUUAUAAUGUUUUAUAACCGUUAUCAGAGGACACAAACGUAAGUUCCAGUUCGCUUUUUUUUCGCUAGGUAUUUCUAGUAUUUAUUGUUAUUUACCUUUUGUUUUAGUUUUCGGAACCGUACAAACUGUCCUCGUCGUUCAAGUAAAGUGGUCGCAAAGUAGCAAUUUUCCGGUCAAACGCUUUAGACUUUUUUUUUGUUUUAUCAUUAGUCUCAAGAUAAUGAGCUAAUUUUCUUUAAAACCUCUUAGCGCCUAAGUGAAAUUUAAGGGACCUUACGAUCCGAUAACAGCGACGUCCACGAAAAUGUCGCUGAAAAAAUAGACUUCCCAUUAUUUCACUUUUUUUGCGAUUUUCCAAGGGGCCCAGUUGCUUAAAAGACUGGAGGGAAUUUGGGUUGCAGCUGAAGAGAAGGGACUGCGCCCGAGUUCUGACAGAGACGGUAGAAUUUAUCGCCUUGCCCUUCCCGUUCCCAAGUAAACUUAGGCCACGUCCACACGUAUCCGUUUUUGUUUGAAAACGAAGAUUUUUUCCUCCGUUUUCCAAAAAAUACAUGUCCAUACGAAGCGUAUUCGAAUCAUUUUCGCCCGUCCAUACGAAAACGCUAAACAAUGAAAACACGAGAGCAUCCCUCACAUAGCAUGCGUUAUGAUAGUGGUAAGUCAUGUAUUACAUCAUCGUAUCCGAAAACCUACGUUUUCGUCCGUCCACACGUACACGUGAAAACAGCGUUUUCGAAAAGUUCCGUUUUCAUUGAUCGUUUUCAUCAGAUACGUGUGGACGGAAGCCGUAUCCGUAAAGAAAAAGUUGCGUUUUCAAAUCAAAACGGAUACGUGUGGACAGAGCCUUAAAAUUUGGUCAUUUCACGUCGUAGUUUUGCAGGGUCUGCAAAGAAAUGUACAAAAAAGCGUGAUGCACGUGCAAAGUUGUUGUUUUGCUCAUUAAACCUAUUGCUUUUUUGACGUUCCCGUUGCCGUCGCCGUUGUAGUUUCGUAAGGUCCCUUUUCUUACCAAAUGGCGCCAACAGUGACCUCGUAACACCACUUUCAGUUUUCAAACGCUUAUAUAACUUUAUAAGUAAAUUUUCUUAACAAUAAGUGAAUUAACAGUAUAUUAGUAAAAUAUUAAAAUUUAUGAAAGUUAAAGGUAACAACUCUGCCUUUGCAUGAAGUAGGUCUUAAGAACUGACUUUAAAAAGCGCUAUUCAUUCCCUCUGAUUGAACUACUUUUAUAGACCUCAUUUAGUUCUAAAUGACACUUAUCUUCUUGUGUUCACAGGAACAACGUCCAAGACUAUCGAUGAACUAGUCCAAAGUCCAGUAGAUCAACUGAUUCCCAUAUCCACCCGUCUGGUCAACAACGUGGAGAAAACUCUAAGCACAAUAGUGCAAGAUGCAAUCAAUAAAAGUUUGUCUAGUUUCCCAACUCUCAAGCAAGUGGUCGAGGCCAAGGUAGUGAGCAAGAUUUUUGACACAAAACGAGAGCAGACCAUUCAGUUCAUUCAGCAGUUUCUCGAGAUGCAGAAGAAGAGCAUUGAUGUGGUGUUCGCUGCAGUUCCGUUUCCCGAUGACCUAAGCUCAUGGGAAGCUAUUCUCGCCCUCAAUGGCAAAACCCACCCUUGCAUGAUGUCAAGGACAAUGUCCCACAUGAAGUAUCUCGCGAGAAAGCUUUAUCCAAGUGAACUGAUGGAAGAGGUUGAAGGCCGAAAUUCACGAGGAAAUUAUAAGGUGCGCUCUCAGUAGUUCAAAAACAUACCUGCAUUCAAAUGAGACGAGUAAUCUGAGCCGCCUUUGCCAUUUUCAUGAGCUUGUGCAGAAAACCCUUGUGUGAUCAUUCAAUUCAGUUCAAUUCAAAUUAAACCUCUUCUGAAGUACUUUCUUCGUGUCUUUUGUUCUUUUUUAUAGACUGUCAACUGUUUCUAAUGUUUGAAUCUGUGUAUAAGAACUUGUAGUUUGACCAUGCAAAUCAGUAAAGCUUUCUAGAAGCAGUGCUCCCACAUAUAGUACUAUUUAUUACGCUUUAUUAACUGGAUCUAACUUUCAAGUCAUCCGAUGAAAUCCUAACGUGUGACAGUUCAAAUCAAAACUCAAGUCUCAAGGAGUUGUAGUUCUGUUUAUUUUUUAACAUUUUACGGAACAAAAGUUGGCGCUUUUCUUCAAUUUUAAUUUAAGGGAAUGAGCUAGAAACGUUACAGGAAGUGUACCUGGCCCUUGGAAAUUCAGUUGAGCUAAGCCGGAUGAAAUAUAACAGAUAACAAGGUGUAUUUCUGUUCCUCAGGAGCUCGAAGAUGUAAAGAGGGUCAAAAGGAAUGUUGUACGCUGCUUCAACGUGAUCAAAAUGAACGUCUGCGAUACAGUUCCCCGCUGCAUUCUUCAUUUUUUCAUCACCCAACUGGUGGAUGACCUUGAGCACGCCUUGGAACAAGAAGACUUGAUCCAGUUCUUAGAAGAAAAGCAGGAUAUCCUGGAAAGGCGUAAAGUGUGUCGUGCCCAGUUCUCCGCUCUGGAGCAAGCGCUGCCUCAAACUGACGAAGUGUUGAAGAAAUUACUGCACAUGCGAAACGGAUCUGGUGCACGAGAGAAGCUGCAGUUUUAA